AUGGAAAAAGAAUCGUGUUCUAAUCCAAGCGGCAGCGCUCUUCGUGCCACCUGCGAAGUUGACUAUCCUUAUUUUCCCUUUCGCCUUCCUGUCGACUACGUCCUCGUGUCCAGGACUGACGAUCUCAGCCGGCAGUAUCAAAGGACCCUUUUCGAGCAGGCUGCCCGUAAAGAGGGCCUCAUCAUCAAUCAUGAGUACGCGGGUCCAGUCUGUUUCACACUGAUCAGUACGCCGUUUCAACGACUCUGUCGAGAAGCCGAGAAACUGCAAUUGUCGUUUCCUCUUAGAGAUUGCCCAGUGAAUCCAGCUGCUCCGGCGUGUUGUAUCACUCUUUCCAACGCAUUCAUCACCGAUGAUACGGGUAAGUAG